AUGAGGCCUGAACUAAACACAGAGAGAUGUGGUUGGAACCCAUGGUCGGCUUGGGGCGACUGUACCAAGGACUGCGGGGGAGGCCUGCAGACCCGCAUGCGCACCUGCAAGCCCCUUCCCAACGAAGGUCUUGUCUGCGAGGGAGUCCUGGAGGAAGGACGGCUGUGCAAUAGGAAGGCAUGCAAUACCAAUGGACGCUAUAAUUCCAGAAGCCAAUCGCUGAGGUCCACAGAUAACAGAAAGCGAGAGGACACUGACGAACUGCAGCACUACGGGUACCCUGCACCUCAAAUAGGUGACCCUGCAGCGGAAGAGUGGUCCCCGUGGAGCGUGUGCUCAACCACCUGCGGGGAGGGCUGGCAGACCAGGACGAGGUUCUGUGUGUCGUCUUCCUACAGCACUCAGUGUAGUGGCCCUCUCCGGGAGCAGAGACAGUGCAACAACUCUGCCAUCUGCCCAGUACAUGGUACCUGGGAUGAGUGGUCUCCGUGGAGCUUGUGCUCUUCCACUUGUGGGAGAGGGUACAGGGAUCGGACCCGCACAUGCAAACCUCCUCAAUUUGGUGGGAACCCCUGCGAGGGCCCGGAGAAGCAAACAAAGUUCUGCAAUAUUGCACUUUGCCCAGGUAAGGCAGUUAGAGAUUCAAAGCCUUCCCUCCAGCAGGUCUCCCCAUCUCUGAAGAUGUCCACACAUGGGUCUUUGAGGGGGUCCAUAGCUGUCUCAGCUGUCUGCACUGUCCAGAAGAGGAUCCUCUUGGACGGCAACUGGAAUGAGUGGUCGAGCUGGAGCUCAUGUUCUGCCUCCUGCUCCAACGGCACCCAGCAGCGGACAAGGGAGUGCAAUGGACCAUCCUACGGGGGAGCUGAAUGCCAGGGACAUUGGGUGGAGACCAGGGACUGCUUCCUACGCCAAUGUCCAGUGGAUGGGAAGUGGCAAGCCUGGGGAGUGUGGGGAAGCUGCACCGCCACGUGUGGAGGUGGGACUCAGAGACGUGACCGUGUGUGCUACGGGCCCUUCUUUGGUGGAGACACUUGCCAAGGUCCCAAGGAAGAGUAUAAGCAGUGCAACGACAGAAAGUGUCCUGAGCCCCACGAAAUCUGUGAUGAGGAAAGCCUUGGGUCUGUGGUUUGGAAAGAGACGCCUGCUGGGGAUGCUGCAGCUGUCCGGUGUCCUCGCAAUGCCACUGGGCUGAUCCUUCGAAGAUGCAUUUUAGAUGAAGAAGGGAUAGCUUACUGGGAUCCUCCAACAUACAUCAAGUGUGUUUCUAUUGAUUACAGGAACAUACAGAUGAUGACCAGGGAACACCUUUCCAAAGCUCAGCGUGGGUUAAUGGGAGAUGGGUUGUCAGAAGUGCUCCAAAACCUUGUGGAAAUCUCCCAGGAUGGGACCAGCUACAGUGGGGACUUGCUGUCCACCAUCGACGUACUCAGGAACAUGACAGAGAUCUUCCGUAGGGCUUAUCAUAGCCCAACUUCUGGUGAUGUACAGAACUUUGUCCAGAUCAUCAGCAACCUUUUAUCAGAGGAAAACCGGGACAAAUGGGAGGAAGCUCAGCUGAUAGGGCCAAAUGCCAAGGAGCUGUUCAGGCUUGUGGAGGAUUUCAUUGAUGUCAUCGGCUUUCGCAUGAAAGAUUUCCGGGAUUCCUACCAAGUGACGGACAAUCUGGCAUGGAACUUGUUACCAGAUGAUGCUACAGAAGCCAAAAAGUACAGAUGGGUUCAUGAUGGGAUCAGGAAAAUACACAAAGGAAAGGUCCAUUGGUGGCUGUUAAAGUCGAUGUCCUCGGCAUAUAAUGCAGCAACUGACAUCACCUUCCCCAUGAAAGGCUGGAGGGGCAUGGUGGACUGGGCCAAGAAUUCAGAGGACAAGGUCACUGUUUCCAAGAGUAUCCUGUCUUCAGGGCUGACAGCAACGGAUGACUCCUCUGUCUUUGUGGUGGGGACCGUGCUGUACCGGAACGUGGGCAACAUUCUCUCCCUCCAGAGGAACAGCACUGUUGUGAACUCCAGAGUCAUCUCUGUGACUGUGAAGCCAUUUCCCCGGUCUCUCCUCACCCCCUUGGAAAUUGAAUUCUCUCACCUGCACAAUGGAACCACCAAUCAGACCUGCAUCCUGUGGGACGAAACUGAUGGGUGA